GAGACUGCUCCGUUCUUCCACAAAACCCACGUCUUCAAAAUGGAUUUUUUUAUGGAGUGGUUGACCUGAAGGGACCACGGCCAGCGUAGGGGUGACAGCGGGGUUCGUGGGGGCCGCCCUCGGUGGUUCGGGGGUCCCCUCGGGCACGGGCCCCCCUCCCAGCCUGCCCCUGCGCAUGCACGGGGCCAUCCGCCGAUUCAAAGAAAUGGGAUCGAGCAGCGUGAAUCUGGCCCCCGCCGAAGAUGGCGAAUGCGCUGCCGCCGGGGCUACCGUCAUCAACCGGCGGAGGAGGAACUCUUCCACCACGCACGGGGGCCGCCCCAGCGUUGGGUAUCGCCUGGGCAGGAGGAAGGCCCUCUUCGAAAAAAGGAGAAGGGUCAGUGAUUAUGCACUGAUCAUGGCCAUUUUUGGGAUCGCCGUAAUGGUUGCAGAGACAGAGUUUUCUGCGGCGGGAAUAUACGGAAAGGCGUCGGUAUUCUCAAUUGCCUUAAAGACAGUGAUAUCUGUAUCCACAGGAUUUCUCUUAGCACUUGUAUUGACCUACCAUGCUCUAGAGGUACAGCUCUUCAUGAUCGACAAUGGCGCGGAGGACUGGCGCAUUGCCAUGACGUGGCGUCGCAUCUCCAACAUCCUGCUGGAAGUGCUGGUGUGCUCCAUCCACCCUCCCCCAGGAGAAUUCUACUUCCUGUGGGUGACCAAGCUUCCUAACCACGCCAACCGGAUCGCGUCCCGGUACGUGCCGGUGGACGUGAUGCUGUCCCUGCCCAUGUUCCUGCGCCUCUACCUCAUCUGCCGAGUGAUGCUGCUCCACAGUAAGUUGUUCACGGACGCUUCGUCGAGGUCCAUCGGAGCACUGAACAGGAUCGAUUUCAAUACUAGGUUCGUGCUGAAGACGCUCAUGACAAUUUGCCCUGGAACGGUGCUGCUGGUCUUCAUGGUCUCCCUAUGGAUCAUAGCCAGCUGGACACUCAGGCUCUGCGAGAGGUACCACGAUCCAGAACACGCCAAUUUGCUCAAUACCAUGUGGCUCACUGCCAUUACGUUUCUUUCGGUUGGUUACGGAGACAUUGUCCCCAACACUUAUUGCGGAAGAGGAAUAUCUGUCAGCACAGGCUUAAUGGGUGCUGGUUGUACCGCCUUAGUAGUAGCUGUCAUAGCAAGAAAGCUGGAAUUAACAAGGGCCGAAAAGCAUGUGCAUAAUUUUAUGAUGGACACUCAGCUGACAAAACGGCUAAAGAAUGCCGCAGCGAGUGUGUUGAGGGAGACUUGGCUGAUCUACAAGCAUACGAAAUUGGUGAAGCGCGUGUGUCCCGGAAGAGUGAGGCUUCACCAGAGGAAAUUCCUCCUCGCUAUCUACACGUUAAGAAAAGUGAAGUUGGAGCAAAGGAAACUGAUGGAUAAUGCGAAUACGAUAUCCGAUAUGGCAAAAACUUCAAACAGCAUCUACGAAGUUGUGAGUGACCUCAGUCAACGACAGAUGUCGCUGGAGGACAGGCUUCAAGCUGCAACAGAGAGAAUUGUAGCCAUUCAAGAGACACUAGAUACACUUCCAGAUUUAAUCAUGUGCAGGAUUCAGGCGUGCAGAAAACCAUCCUUCCACCAGCCGGGCACUGGACCCUCCUGGGCCAGCAUAUCUUCCGUCAAUCUACCAGCAUCGCAAAGACGAAGUUGUACUUUAGGAAUCCCAACGAUUGUACCGCGAUCAGGAUCGGCGAACAAUUAGCCAAAAAGUGGGAAUGCUGAAUCUAUAUGUAUAGACCUCUGAGGCGAGGGAAGUUUGUGCCAGUAUUAGGCAUUUUCACUGCUUUGGAAUGAAAGAAAAGUUUCAACGAUCUAUCGAUAAAAUGUUCUAUUCAAGGACAUGUUCCAAAGGCACCGAAUUUCUGACAUGCAUACGUCACAAGUAUACUAAAAGCAAUUGUAAAGGGUGUAAAGCCAUUUCAGUAUCCAUUGCUUCUCUGUGUUUGCUUGAUGCGGUGAGACGCAGUAAGAUCAACAUCAAAUCUUGGUAUGAACGUUCAGGGUGAUUUUGACUUCAGUUGCCAUUUUGAGAAAUGAAACUAUUCAAAGUUAAUUUUUAUGAGGAAACUAAGAGCUGGCAAGGAGACGAAAUUAUUUCUGCUCAGACUGGUUAAGUCAUCUGAUUUAAGUACUGAUAAAGGAAAACUCUUGAGAUAAAUCAGUUAUAAAAUUUUUAAAGAAUUUUGAUAAUGAAAAAAGCAUGUUCCCUUUUAAAAUUUUACCAAAUUUUAUUUUCAGGAACAAAAGAAAAAUCUACUAUAAAAAG